AUUACAAAUUCGUAGGUUAAGGAGGCUGGCUAAAUAACAACAACUUGUUUAUACUUAUUAGAAGAUAACAAAUUUAAACAUACAGCUCAUUCAUCACCUAAUGGAAUAAACAAGCACUAAAUUACAUGAUAUCUCGUAAAAAUCCACCCCUCUGACGUUGAAAACGGCGUAACACAUAAAUUUGUAGAUCAGCAUGUUUCAAGAUUUGAACAAUGAUGCGGAUGACAUAGAUCCGCAUCCCGCGAAAAUCAGGAAGAAAACCACUUUGGACAGUUACGAUGUCCUCAAUUCUUGUCAGAUAAUGGUGGACAACUCUGAAAUCAUAUUGAGGACGUUAAAAAAGUUGUACCAGGAGAAGCAAAUGUGCGAUGUGUUCCUUAAAGUGGGCGGCAAAGAGUUCAGCGCCCACCGACUAAUUCUGUGUGCCACCAGUGAUGUUUUUCAAGCAAUGCUUAUGAAGCCUGAGUGGUCUGAAUGGCACCAAAGUAAUGUUGAACUGCAGGAGCUGCCUCAGUGUGAAGGUGUGUUCCAUCUGUUCCUGGAGUAUUUCUACACAGGGAAAAUACACAUAACCCACACAAAUGUUAUGCCAAUUUUAGCCUUAGCGGACAAAUAUAUUGUUAAGAGUUUAUCUAGGUUAUGCCUGAAGUAUAUGUGCAAUCACGUCCCCCAUGCUGCCUCCCAUAACCAGCUGUCAUCGUGGCUUCAAUACUCCACAGCUUGUGGGCACCACGACGUGGCGAAAACCUGCCAGAACUACAUAAAAUGGAACUUCGAAGCAGUGGCCAACACCCCCGACUACAACAACUUUCAAGUGGACGUUUUUAUUUGGAUAAUCCAACAGAGUGACCUGGUCGUUUAUAACGAAAUGGUGCUGUACAACUGUGUGGUUAGGUGGUUGGAGCUGCAAAAAAUUAAGAUACAACAGUCAGAAGUGGAGCCUCAGGAGGCGGAGGAACAAUUCAAAAAUUUACUGGAAAUGGUGAUGGGGUACAUAAGGUUCCCCAUGAUGACACCCAGGGAGUUGGCCGACAUAUUGAUUUCCCCCAUGAUAAAGCACCACAAGGAGUUUUUCGUUGACAGGAUGACGAUUGGAAUGAACUACCACAACGGGCACAUAGAACAAUUAGAGAAACUGUACUCCUCUGAGGAGGACGCACUGAUGUUAUGUCCUAGGUUAUACACAACGGACAGCUGUAGCACAAUAUUAACCAUUGAAAACUACGGUAGCGUACAAAACUAUCACACGAGCACGUUCGUGUUUUCCUCACACGUGUCGGCCGCUGAGUACGAGUCGCACAUCAUCAACGAAUGGCUGGUGGAUUUGUAUCCGAAGGGAGUCUGGUUCAAAAAGUGCUAUUUGAUUGUCUGGCAGGGCACUUUAGAGGUGCCAGAGAAGAUCAUACCCACCGUCAGACUGUCGUUAACCUCGCGGGAGUUGCCGGAGAACAACAGCAGGGUGAAAGUGUCCGUACUGGUUUACGGAAUGGAGGGUGGUGUGGAGCAUGUCAUGGCAGUCAAGGAGAAACUGUUCAUAUUUACUAGUCAAGAUAGGGUCAUCAAUUUCGACGAUCUGAUACCGUACGAGGAUCUGAAUCGGAUGGCCACGACGCCCGACAAUUGGGUGUCUCCCUAUUUAGUGGGGCCAAACAGAGAUCAACUAAAGUUAAACUUAGUUAUUGCACCUAUUAGGUGAAACUUGUUAGUCCCAGUAUAGAUUCUAUACUAUAAAUUGUGGUUUGUUGCAAGUACAAUUAACUGUAAAAAAGAUUUUAAUAUAUGCCAAACGAAAUAAUAAAGUUAUCUAAUUUU